AUGUCCGCCUCGCCAUCAUCGUCCGUCAUCGAACCUUUACCCGAUGAUAUCGAACCGUCUGACCAAUCUCUUUGGUGGGCUGACGAGAUCGAAUCAGACCUCACCAAAAUUACCGGUCCUUACGGUCUCGAAUGGCUCACUUCCCGCAAAAACGAUCUUAUAUACGCCAACAAAGAAAGCAUUGUGAAGCAUUGUGAAAAGUAUGGUGGUGAUCUUCAACGCCCAUCCCAUGUCCCAGACCGAUUCUUUCCCUCUUCCGCCGCUCAUUACGGUCUAACGCGAUACAUUUUAAGCCGCUCAGAGUCAAAGAAGAUAGCAGGCACGGUUAAGAACUUUGUCUGCAAUCGAAAGAGAGAUAUGCCAACUCUGGCUUUCAGUUGGUCAGACUUGGGACGGUGCAACAGGUGUUGGGUUUGUCGUCAAGCUGGACAUGACGGUUGCGGUUUAAGCCGAAUCCCACUCAAAGAGUCCGAGUCCGAGUACGCUGGACCUCAGAACCCAAUUGAAACAAGGACGGUCACACCCGAAGAUGUUAUGAAUAAACGUCAACGCCGUAACCCUCCACGAGCCCCACCUCCUGACUAUCGUCUCAAUCACACGCUCUCGUCGAACGAUGAGUCCAAUUUUGAAGGGCCCUUCACACCUGAUGAUCUAUUCGACAGCCUCGCCACGAAUAUCCAAGCCGCUCGUGGCAGAUACGAAGACAUGCGGACCGCUCGUCUGGAUGCCGAACGCCUCAUUGCAACUUUGAAGGCAGAAAACGAAGCGUUACAUGAAGCCGCGUCCCCAAAAGGUUCGGUUGACAGGGACGAAGACUGCCUUGUCUUGGAGUCAGUGGUAGCGGAAGUGAGAGCCGAAUCGGAGCGGCUCAGAGAAGAAUUAGAGUCUUGUGCGAGGAAAGAUGAAGUGUUGGAAAGUCAGAACAAAGAACUCCAGCGAGAGUUUAGCCGAGGUUUGUCGACCGUCGUGCAGCGGCAGAAUGAGGAUAUGAAGCGUGAAAAUGAAGACCUCAAGCGUAGAAAUAUAGAAAUACAACGGUUGAUUCCUUUUGAGACAGUCUCAGAAUGGGCCAAAGCACAAGUGGUAACACGUACCUGCGCUUAUUCCAUUUUCAUCAGUACAUGGAUUACGAAAUCAAUUAGAAUCGACACGGCGGAACGUACAGGGUUGAUUCCUUUUGAGACAGUCUCAGAAUGGGCCAAAGCACAAGUGGUAACACGUACCUGCGCUUAUUCCAUUUUCAUCAGUACAUGGAUUACGAAAUCAAUUAGAAUUGACACGGCGGAACGUACAGGGUUGAUUCCUUUUGAGACAGUCUCAGAAUGGGCCAAAGUAGGGUUGAUUCCUUUUGGGACAGUCUCAGAAUGGGCUAAAGUAGCGAAGUACGGCAAAGGUAGGAUGGCUAGGGAGGAAGGAAGCAGAAGUACGGCAAAGUUAGGAUGGUUAGGAAGUAAGGAAGCAGAAGUGCGGCAAAGUCAGGCAAGGAUAGGAGAACAAGUGCUUGGUGACUCGGGGAAGUUCACCAAAGUACGUUGGAGCAUGGAUGGGUUGGGUGAAGUUCUAGUGGGGAGUGGAUAG